UUCACCACCAAUCCCAGUGAUCCUAAAUCUAACCACCAUUUAAUGUAUAGCUCAGAGGGAAUUGCAGGCCGUUAGUUAACUGUGAGGUUGUGAAGCAUUUUCAAUGAAAAGUUCCAAGUCAUCAGUAUUGCAACGCCAUAACAGUUUUGUAUUUUCAGCAAAUUCCUUAAAACACAAAACUCAUCCUCUGUGAUUGGUUGCAGCUCAGCGUGCCCCAUUGUCCCACCGGGCCGUUUGUUCGCUUGGUUUCCUGCACACAAACAAAACUUUCCUGCCGUCCUUGGCAAUACUGGGCUCCCCCUGUGCGUUGACAACCCAAAUUAUUGGAUGCUCUGACUUUUUCUUUGGCCAAAAUAAAGAAAGAGUCUCACUCUCAGCAGGAUGUACAGCUUUAUGGGAGGCGGGUUGUUUUGCGCCGGAGUCGGAAAUAUACUCCUCAUCGUCUCCACGGCAACGGACUACUGGAUGCAGUACCGGCACUCCAGCAGCUACAUGCACCAGGGCCUGUGGCGGUACUGCGUUCCGGGGAAAUGCAUGACGCACACAGACAGUAUCGCCUACUGGGAUGCCACUCGGGCCUUCAUGAUUCUCUCCCUGCUGGCUUGUUUCAUCGGCAUCGUGAUUGGCAUCAUGGCCUUCAUCCACUACUCCUCCUUUGACGGCUUUGACAAGACAUUUGCAGCUGGCAUCCUCUUCUUCAUCUCCUGCUUCUUUGUUUUGCUGGCGAUGGCCGUCUACACCGGGGUGACAGUGAACUACUAUGGUAAACGCUAUGGGAGCUGGCGGUUCUCCUGGUCUUAUAUCAUGGGCUGGGUGGCGGUGGUGCUCACGUUCUUCUCAGGUAUCUUCUUCAUGUGUGCCUACCGGAUGCACGAAUGCCCAAGAAACUCCAACUCUCGCUGACCAGUCAAAGUUGAAGAAAAAGCAGCAGGAACCCAGAGAACUUUGUAAACCUAAAUUAAGAUUAGUUUUGUUCAAGAUCCUAAGUUUCAAUGAAAAAAAAAAAAACUGCUAUACAGUAUCUUUUAAAUUAAGGUUGAAAACAUUAAGAAGUCCCCAUCAUUGCAACUGCAGUGCUUUUAAAAUAUAAUAAAAUAAUGUUCCCAACACUGUUGUGUUUCUUCUCAAUAAACACUCAAAUGAGUUUAAAG